AGAAAACUUUAAGAUUGUGAUAACGAAUAUAAUUAUAUUAUAUAAAUGCACCACUGACAGAAAAGAACAAGAAACAACUUCUCAAAAUGAAUAAUUCUAUAACAGUCAGCACACUUUUUAAAUGCAACACCCGCUUUUAUGAAGACUACGAGCACAUCUACAACCCUUCUUGGCGGCACAACAUGAUUGGAUGUUGCAUUAUCAGCAUAUUACAGAACAUGUACAAUUAUAGGGUCAAGUACGUGUUGGAGUCAUCAUUAACGGACGGCAUAAACAACACAAUAGACAUUUACGCUAACCCCAUGUCGAUGGGGCCAGAGAUAAUGGACGUCGCUAAUCCAGUGCAUACUGUUCUACUGUGGAGAUUUGGUUUUAUCUUUCGUCGUCCAUAUCACUUCAGCGUAUUCCUACGCUACUACAGCAAACCUUUUAGCCGACCUGUAUGGAAUUGCUUGUAUGCAAUGAUGAUCCUGGUGACAUUGUUGUUUUACAUACUCAGCUGUUUAGAAAAAAGGUUUGUGCGAACUAAAUAUGAAUGCACUUUCGGACUGUAUUUGAUGUUGGCCAUAGGAGGGUAUUGUCAGCAUGUUUUUCCAGUGGAUGCAAUUUUUAAUUCACGACGAACGGCGCAUUUCACAUUUUUUCUGUAUUGUUACAUCAUUUAUACAUUCUAUACGUCUAACCUGCUGUCGCAUUUGGUAAGUGACAAAGCGAAUGAAGUUCAGCUUGACGAUUUGACAGAGAGUGACUACGAAAUUAUAAUAUUGGAGUCUAUGAAGGACGUUUAUUAUAACAACUACACUUGGUACUCCGGCCAUAGUAACUUGACGGACGUUAUACGACCAAAGUUAAACAGGGCCAGGUUCGUUAACAUGGCAACAGCCGUAAAAGAUCUCAGAUUGAAGAAAAGUGCUUUGCUUUCUGACUAUAUUUCAGUCUAUCCUGCGCUGAAAAGAGCUUUAAGUAAUGACGAGAUAUGUCAAUUGAAUGAAAUUGAUUUGUUGCCGGAAGUCAGAAAAUAUUUAUUUUCAUCGAAAAACUUUCGGUUCAGAGAACAAUUAGUUAUUGGCACAUUAAGAGCAAAAGAAGCUGGAGUCCUCCAUCGUCUGACUUCCUUCGACUCUAACCAACACUUGAACUGUAAUAGGCUGGGACUUCAUGUAGUCGAGAUCUCUCAGAUAUACACUCCCCUUAUGUAUCUAGCAAGCGCCUACGUGAUCGCUUCUGUCAUAAUGUUAUGUGAAAGAUGGUAUUGCAAAAAGUACUUGGUUUGGCCUUAUAUCGAAUAAAGAGUUCGUCUCAAACAGAAUAAUUAAUGUUGUUUUCAUCAACAUGAUAAUACUAUUGUUUAAUAGCUUUAGAUACUUUCGGAUCAAGGGGCCUAGGUAUAGCUUAAUUAUGACAUAUGAAAACAAUUUUUAUUGAUUAGAUCAAUAACCGCGUAAAUAUUUAAAGAAAAUUGUUAAUUGUUCAUCAAUUUACGAGACCUUUCGUGUUAGUUAAUAAUAUAAAAUUCUGCAUUAAUGUCAUAUCAAUAGCGGUACCCCUGAUCAAUGUUAUUUAGUUAUGAAUAAUUUCUAUAUUCAUAUUAUAUUGAGCAUGAAAUGGUAUUUUUAUUUAAAAUUAUAUUCGAUCCUAUUCACUAAUAUUUUUCAAUCAAUGUGAGUUAAUUGUGAAAUAUAGAAGUAGAUUGAAUUAUUUGUAGAUAUUGUAUUCCUCACUACCUAAUCCUAGAGAACACGCCGAGCACGGAAUUUACAGCUGACGCACAUAAUUAUUAGUUAAGAAAAUUGGUAUAUAAGAUGUAAACAGAAAUAAAUAUUGCUCUUAGUUAUCAAGCGACACACUGGCUGUUUCAUUCCUCAUCUCCUGGCACUAGGAGCCAAAUUGGUGACCCCGACGUG